ACAGAUAUAAAUCUAUACGAUUGUAUAGGGACGUAAAAGUCUGGGGGCCGUGAAUGUGAAAACCUAUAUUUCCUGAUUGUGGAAAAAUUAGCAAUCUGUUCAUAAAUUUCUUUUAUAUAUGAUUUUAUUCGAACUUUGAAGUUUAUCGUGUCAAAAAUACAAUUAUGGACGAAGAAUGGGAUGCUGAUCAUUAUGAGGCUAACAGAAUCGACCUCGCUAUUAGAUCGAACAAAUGGGAAGGCGAGGAUGAAGAAGAAGAAGUUAAGGAUAGUUGGGAGGAUGUCGAGGAAGAAAAGAAAGAUGUAGAGAAAGCACCUGAAGUUCCAAAGGCUAAAAGUAAACCUAAGAAAACUUUAGCUGAUAAAAUUGAAGAACGCGAGAAAAAAGCACGCGAGGAACUUGAAAAGAAAGUUAAGGAAAAGGAAGAGACCUUAACUCCCGAGGAGAAAAGAGCAGAAAUGUUGAGGCGGCAAAGGUUACAGGAAGAAGCAGACUUACGAUUAGCAAUGGAGACUUUCGGCGUCACGGAUUCUAUCAAGAGUCUGGAUACCAUGAAUCCUGACACUAAAGAAGAAUUUGAACAAUUUGGCGAGGCACUUAUGCUCAAAAUCAAUCAAUUCAACAAACACACAGAGUUCCCAGCAUUUUCAGAAGAAUUAAUAAAAAAUAUUGCUGUUUUAAUGUCGAGCACAUCGUUGCGAAAGGUGAAAACGUUAAUUGACAAUUUGGCAUUGGAAAAAGCGAAAUUAGAAAAAGGUGAUAAAGCAAAGAAAAACAAAGGAAAGGGAAAAGCGAAAUUGAGAAUUGAAGGUGAAAAUACCAUUAUGAAUGAAUAUGAUGAUUAUAGUUAUGAUAAUGAUUAUGGUGAUUUUAUGUAGCGACACACUAUUUUUCACGUCGUCUCAUCUAGUCGCCAAGAAAAAACAAAUUUUGAAAAUUAUUCGUUCUCAUACCACAUUGUUGACAACAUAUUCUCAUAGCAGAAUUUGUAUGUGCUUAUUAUUAUUAUUUUUUUAAAAUUAGAUCAAUAAUAAAUUUAACAAUUGAGAAUGUUAAAAGAAUCAAAUGUAAAAACAAUUGGUUUCUAAUUUUUAAAUUUACUUUUGAAGGCGAUUCAGAACUUUUUACAAAAAGAAAAAAACUGUAAUGAUAAUUUUUUUUUUUUAAUGAAAUUAUACGAAUUUAACAAAUAUUAAAAAAAAAAUCUUCUUUACACAAUGUUUGUGGAAUUAAGAUUUCAAUUGUAACUCGAAUUAAAUACGAGGAUAGAUUCAACUUUACAUCACAGUGCUUUAAAACUUACAUUUGCAAAAUAUGCAGAAGUCAUUUAUUUUUUCUGCUCGUAUGAUGAUCGAUUUGUUUCUCAUUAUCAGGUCUUCAACGAUAACAAUUGUUGUGUAAUAAAAAUUAUAAGAAAAUAAUUAUGUACUCAAUUUAACAUUUUACCUACAAACAUAUGUAUAUAAAUGCUCGCGUACACACACACACAAGUAUGACAGGUGUGGAUGUAAAUUGGUUUUAAAGAGUAUAUUCCUAAAUAAAGGUUGAUUGUAAAGAUAAA